AUGGUGAACGCAAGAAUUAUAUUCGACUUCAUCGUUGAAAGCGAUGAGUACCAGUAAUUUAGAUUCUGAAUUUAUGUUAUAUUUCUUUUAAUUAUUAAUGCUAUGUUAAUUAACAUAAUCACAACAGAAUGAAAUUUCAUUUAACUCUUAUGUACAAUGUAUGAAUUAUAUAUAUAAUUCUUGUCGAGUACAUGCUUUUUCUAACGAAUCCAUUUUCUUUUCUUCUUUUAUUUUUGCCGCCGUUUUAUUGCCGUUGGUCCGGUCGGUAAAAAAGAACUGCAGCUCCGCCACAAAAAUUCAAACUGUUGUCAAAAAGGGCAAUAAUAUGUGACGAGGAAAGCAAUAAUUUAAUUUCAUUAUUUCACCGUUAUAUGAUAAUAGCAUCAAUGAAUUUUAUAUCUAUUAAUUGAUUAGAAAUAUAAUAAAAUAAUGAGAAGCAUUCUACAAUUAUAUCUUUUUAAUUGAGCGCUCAAUUUCUUUUCUUUGUUUCAUUUGAAUUCCGAAAAUUAGGUUACUACCAGAGCAGUUUCGUUUCUAUACUGAAUCGGUAACAUUGCAUGCAAUACGAAACUAGCAAGAUACGAAAAAACAUUAAACAUCAAUUCUAUCUUCAUUCUUAUCAAUGAAAAUGUUAUAACACUGAAAUUGUAGUGAUGUUAGGUACUAAAAUACUAAAAUACUGUUUAAUUAGUAAGAAGUUAUGUUAAAUGCUAUCUAAGAAACUAGUACUAAAAAUCUAUGACAAUUUACAAUGUUAUGUACAUAUAUGUAUUAUGAGAUUCAUAAACUCUGAGGUUAUACAGAAGAACUAUUGUUAAUAUAUAUAUAUAUUUGUAUUUAUAUUUAUAUAUUUAUGACUUGUAUUUAAAUUAAACAUUAUAAAAUUGUAGUAAUAUGAACACGUUAAUGAGGAAAAUUGUCAUCUCGUUGAAUAAAUUGCCAAUAAUAAAAAAACAUGCUAGCAUACAGUUGACAAUUGUUAGUAAUUUUCAUAACAAUGACAUUUUGCUUACCAAAAAUGAGCCGAAUAUCGAUAUUACGCCCCAUCACUUUAAUGUGCAAGUGAAAGUAAAAAAAACUUUCUUAGAAAUCAUACGUAUAUAUAAAAGGAAUGAUGUCAACAGGAAGGGGCAAUUAGAAUUCAUACAAACAGCGCUGAAGUACAUGAAUGAAUUUGGUGUACAUCAAGACAUAGAGGCUUACAAGGCGUUGCUUGAUAUAUUUCCAAGAGGGAGAUACGUACCUGAAAAUAAAUUUCAAAUUAUGCUGUAUCAUUAUCCAAAACAUCAAGACACAGCUCUACGAAUACUUAACAAAAUGGAAGAAAAUUUUGUGAUACCUGAUUAUGACGUGCAGAAAAUGAUCCUGGAGAUAUUUGGUAAAAAUGGUUUGGUUAUGAAAAAGUGUUUCAGCAUGUUCUAUUGGCUACCAAAGUUCAGUCAAUUAAAUCCUUGGCCCAUACCACGACCCACGCCGACAGAUGCAAAAGUACUCGCUGAAUAUGCAUUAAAAAAGAUAUCUAGCAUAGAUGUACAAGCUAAUAUCACUUUAUACAAGACAAAGGAUGUACCUGACGCGAUUGACGAUACAUGGAUCUUGUCGAGCAUGAGUAAAUCACAGCAAGAACUUCUCGCUGUACAACCAACUGAUAAAUCAUUGAUGGUUGAAGGACCUUUCUCAAUUUGGGUUGCUGAGUAUUAUCUGAAUUAUUUUGUAUUAAAGGGAGAUCCAAUAAAGAGAGAGGUCAUUUACGGAGAGUAUGAUGAUGUAUCUAAUAUGAAAAUUCCGUUUUGGGAAAGACAUAACUUCAAAAUACCAGUCACCAUUCACGAACAGGAUGAUGGUGUAUAUUAUGCAAUGUGUGCUUCAGGAACAUCUUCCAAAGACUCCCUACUAUCAUGGAUAAGAUGUUUGCAAAAAACAAAUCCUAUUUUGAAAAAAAUACCCGUAGUAUUUAAAUUGAGAUCGUUGACAAAUGAACAAUUGUGCAUCGAUGAUGAUGCAAAGAAACAAAUAUCUCAGAAUGCAGAUGCAGAUACAACUGAAAAAUAGUUUAGUAGUAAUAAAUUCAAAUUAUAAAUAAAUACGUUUAUACAAAAAUGACGGUAUAUUCUUUAGCAUAGUCCUUCUUCAAAAUCUAUAGUAAAAGAUUUUUUUCGUAAAAAUGAUUUGUAUAAUAAUAGAAAAUAUAAAGAAAUUAAAUUUUGAUUAAAAGCAAUAUUCUCAGUAUUGUUCUCUACCGAAAAAUAUUCACAAUGGAACAUUCUCGUAUAUUAAUAUUCUCAAAUGAAACUUAUUGACCUCUUACACACCUAAACGUAUUUACAUGGUUUACACAUGAAUAUUUACAUGAAAGUAAUUUCGCUUAACUUUUAAAUUCGCGCAUUCAUAAUCGAACAACAUUUGCAGUGAGUGUUCGAUCUUUAACCGAUUCAAACAUACAACAGAAGACUAGUGCGUAAACGAAAAUAUUUUUAAUAUAGAUUAAUAGAAAUAGAAAUAAAAUAGAAAUAAAAUUUUGUCCAAAAUAUAUAAUAGAAUUCACACACUGACGAUUUAUAAAGUAAAGAAACAUGUUAACAAAUAAAUGCGCAACUCCUGCUUUCACAAAUUUAAGAUGGGGCGAAUUACGAAACCAUUGAAAGAGCGUAUAAAUCAGUCGUAUCCCCUUCCUUGAAGCAAUUUUACAAAGAACCAUUAUUGAUACAUGAAGGCUGGAGACAAUGGCUGUGGGAUCAUCAUGGAAAACGAUAUCUGGAUAUGUUCGGCGGGGUUGCUACUGUCUCUGUUGGCCACUCUCAUCCAAAAAUAACAGCUGCUAUAUCUGAACAGGCAUCGCUACUGAACCACGUGUCAUCUGUUUACAUGCACCCGCGUUUACACGAAUACGUGGCCAAAUUAAAAACGAAAUUUCCGAGCAAAUUGAAGGUGAUGUAUCUGACAAAUAGCGGCUCGGAAGCGAACGAGCUGGCGUUUUUAAUGGCCAGGAUCUACACGCGCAGCCAGCAUAUCGUUUCACUGCAAAACGGGUAUCACGGCGCGACUUACGGGACUUCAGCAUCCACCGCGAUGAGUACAUGGAGGUAUCCAUUCAUUGCGCAACCGGCUGGUUAUUUACGCGCGGUAUAUCCAGACGUGUACAAAGGUGACUGGGGCGGAUCAAGAUGCAGAGAUUCGCCCGUACAAGUGGCAGGAAGAAAAUGCGAUUGCAGUGAAAGGGAGUGCGUAGCCUCCGAGAAAUAUUUCGAGAAGCUCGACGAAACGUUUCGCUUCAACUUACCGUGCACACACAGCAUCGCGGCGUUUGUAGCCGAAAGUAUCCAGGGGGUAGGAGGUACUGUUCAGUACCCCAAAUACUUUCUUCAAAAGGUAUGCAACUAUGUCCACGAGAAGGGUGGCUUGUACAUAGCGGAUGAAGUUCAAACUGGUUUCGGUAGGACGGGCGAACAUUUCUGGGGUUACGAGGGCCACGGUAUCGAGCCGGACAUAGUGACUUUAGCAAAGGGCGUAGCUAACGGAUUUCCUCUUGGAGUAGUGGUGACGAGCAGCGAGAUUGCCGAAGGUUUGAACUCGGCACUGCACUUCAACACUUUCGGAGGGAACCCACUUGCGUGUGUGGUCGGAUCAACGGUCCUAGAUAUUAUAGAAGAAGAAGGCCUUCAGCAAAAUGCAUACGCUGUUGGGACUUACUUGAUCAAUCGUUUGAGCACUUUGUUGUUGGAAUUUCCCGACGUCGUCGGUGAUGUCCGAGGAAAAGGAUUGAUGAUCGGUGUUGAAUUGAUUUCGAACUCCGAAACGAGAACACCGUUGCAAAUUGAACGCUUGCUGGAGAUUUUCGAAGAUAUCAAAAACAUGGGGGUUCUCGUCGGUAAAGGAGGUUUGCAUGCAAAUGUGCUACGAAUAAAGCCACCUCUGUGCGUAACGAAAAUGGAUGCAGAUUUUACCUUCGCGGUUAUCAGAAAGGCAUUGGAGAAACACGAGGAAAAAUAUUGCAAGCAAGUUUAAAGUUUAAACAACACGUGAAUACGAAUUCUUUUAUUUGAUACAAUUGUGUAUGUUACAUUUGUACAAUAUAGUUCUUUUAUUUCGCCUAUGUUAAUAUGUUAUACCAUGCAAAUUGAUUACAAUAAUCUGUACACAGUUAUGCACAAUACGUAUUGAUGAAUGAAAUUGAAUGAUAUAUAUACACUUUUGAAUGAUAUAUAUACUUUUCCUUCUAUUUUUUAAUAAGGUAAAUUUUGUUGCCUAUUAGAAUAUCUACCUAUAGCCAAUUAAUAGUUGUCCAAAUUAAAACACUAUAUGUAUGAAGCAAAUAUUUGAAAAGAAUUAUAAUAAAAUUCCUUAAUGUAAUAAAAAAAAGUUGUGAUAUAAAGAACAAAUUAAUGUAAACUUCAAUUACUAAAUUAUCAGUCUUCCAAAUGAAAUGCAAAUAAAAGUUUCAAUGUUACUCAAAUGUUCCCUGUUAUUUUUAUUUAAAAAAUGCUAUAUAUAUAUAUAUAUAUAUA